AGGUGAGGUGCUCUACUGUACAGUGAAGAAGAAAAGGACCUACACGUGUUUACAGAGCCCACACAGACAUACUUUAAUUUUUUUGGAUUUGGACAAAUUUUGAUUUCUAUACUUGUAAUAAAACCAAGUCAAAAUGCCGAAGGUAAAGGCGGAGAAGAAAAGCAGGCAGCACCAAGAGGUUAAAAACCAAGGGAUCAUGUUUAACACCGGCAUCGGCCAGCACAUCCUGAAGAAUCCUCUGGUUGUCAAUGGCAUCAUUGAAAAGGCUGCUCUGAGGCCGACAGAUGUGGUUCUGGAGGUGGGACCUGGUACUGGUAACAUGACGGUGAAACUGCUGGAAAAAGCCAAGAAAGUGGUGGCCUGUGAGUUGGACUGCAGAUUGGUGGCUGAGCUUCAGAAAAGAGUACAGUGCACACCGCUGCAGGCUAAACUUCAGAUAUUAGUUGGUGACGUAUUAAAAACUGAUCUGCCUUUCUUUGACGUGUGCGUGGCUAAUUUACCGUACCAGAUUUCAUCCCCAUUUGUCUUUAAGCUGCUUCUGCACCGACCUUUCUUCAGGUGUGCUGUGUUGAUGUUCCAGAGAGAGUUUGCCAUGCGACUGGUUGCUCAACCCGGAGACAAACUCUACUGCAGAUUGUCCAUCAACACACAACUACUUGCUCGCGUGGACCAUCUCAUGAAGGUAGGGAAGAAUAAUUUCCGCCCUCCUCCUAAAGUGGAAUCGAGCGUUGUCAGGAUAGAACCCAAAAACCCUCCUCCUCCAGUCAACUUCCAGGAGUGGGACGGUCUGGUCAGAAUAGCCUUUGUGCGGAAAAACAAAACCCUCAAUGCAGCUUUCAAGUCCACCGCAGUGGAGCAGCUGCUGGAAAAGAACUACAGGAUCCACUGCUCUGUUCACAACGUGGAGGUCCCAACUGAUUUCAGCAUCACCAAGAAAAUCGAGAGUGUUCUCCAAGAGGCCGACUUCAGCGAGAAGAGAGCCAGGUCAAUGGACAUUGAUGACUUCAUGGUACUGCUGCAUGCGUUCAACUCUGCAGGGAUCCACUUUUCUUAAGAGGGAGAAGUCAGUGGUCAGAUCAGUGUAAAGACAGGGACGCUCUGACUUCCCUCCAGUCUUCUGCUUUGAGGAACAAAAUUUCAGAUUUGAAAUAGUUGCAUGAAAUGUAUAAAAACAUACGUGAAAACAGCUCAUAUUGAGUGACCGUCAAGCUUCACUUUGCUUGUACAACCUUUUGCCUGAUGGAGGCUGAUGAGCCCUCUGUCUUGGUAUCAAGUCUCUUUUAAAAUAAAUUACAACUUUUCUCUCUGUA